AAAUUUGCUACGUGUGACAAAAACUUGCAAUGUAUUUUUGAAACUAUGACAUCAAUUCUGUUAGCAACGAUGAGUCUGGUGAAGCUGUACACGUGUUACUUUAAUCGCUCCAAAAUGAAAACCCUCGCUGAUCAUUUGUUUGCCGAUUGGAACGCAUUGGAAACUUCAAAAGAGCAUCAAAUUAUGAAAAAUUAUGCCACGAAAGGCAGGAGAUAUUCCUUAGGAUACUCAUUGUACUGCUUUAUAGCACUAUGCGUAUUUCUAUCGCUGUCUCUUACACCGCAAUUAUUAGAUAUUUUAUUACCUCUUAACGAAUCCCGACCUAUUGUAUUGACAUAUCCAGGAUAUUAUUUUGUCGACGAAAGGGAAUACUUCUUCUACAUGUUUUCGCACGCUGUCGUAGCGUGGGAGAUUGCUAUUGCCGCAAUAGUCGCGCACGAUUGUAUAUUUGUGACUUACGUUGAACAUGUUUGCAGCAUGUUUGCUGUAGUCGGGCUCGCACAACUUCUCGAAAAUGCUUUUACCAUACCUUUUGCUAUACAAAUAUUGAUAGCAGUAUUAGGAAUGAGCAUUACGUUACUACAGAUCGCGCAGCAAAAUGAUACCAGUGAUAUUCUGGAAACAAUGAGAUACGCUUUAUAUGUUAUUGGUGAACUGAUCCAUUUAUUUUUUCUCAGUUCUGAAGGGCAAAAGCUGAUAGAUCACAGUCUUCAGAUGCGCGAUAAAAUAUAUUGCAGCUCUUGGUACGAAGUGUCCAUGAAAUCGCAAAAACUGCUUAUCCUAGUGAUGAUGAAGAGUAUUCAACCAAGCUUCUUAAGCGCUGGCAAAGUUUACAUUUUCUGUCUGGAGAGUUUCACCACGAUGAGAAUUCUUAUUGAUCAAUUAUUUGUCAAUUGGAAUGAAUUAGAAACUCCGGAAGAGUAUGAAAUUAUGAAGAAAUAUGCCGAAACUGCCAGGCGAUACUCUUUCAGAUAUUCAUUGUAUUGCUUUUCAUCCACAUAUUUCUUUAUGUGUGUGUCUCUUAUGCCACAAUUGUUGGAUGUCAUAUUACCUCUCAACGAAUCCCGUCCUAUAUUAUCGACAUAUCCAGGAUAUUACUUCGUUGAUGAAAAGAAAUACUUCUUUUAUAUUUUUUUGCAUGCUGUCAUAGCCUGGGAGAUUGCUAUGACCGGAAUAGUCACCCAUGAUUGUAUGCUCUUAACUUAUAUUGAACAUAUUUGUAGCAUUUUCACUAUAAUUGGAUUUACUCAACUUCUUGAAGAUACGUUUUCGUUAUCGCUGGCUAUACAAAUAAUGAUAAAUACAGUUAUGAUUAGCAUCACCUUAUUACAAAUUACGCAACAGCACGCCGAUAUUAUUGAAAUGAUGAGAUAUAUACUAUAUGUCGGUGGACAAUUAAUCCAUUUAUUUUGUCUCAGUUUCGAAGGACAGAAGCUGAUAGAUCACAGUCUUCGAAUACAUGAUAAGAUUUAUAAUAGUAUUUGGUACGAAGUACCUGUGAAAUCGCAAAAGAUGCUUUUAUUCAUAAUGCAAAAGAGUCUUCGACCUGUUUUUUUGAGUGCUGGCAAGAUUUAUAUUUUUUCAAUGGAAAACUUUGCCAUGAUCGUGCAAACUUCAUUGUCGUACUUUACGGUACUCUCGUCUUUAGAAUAA